UGUGAUUCUUCUUUUUCUCCUCAUUCCGUUUUUUUUCCCCGCUGUCCCCCCCACUUGCGUCAUGACUUCUAGCUAUGCACAUGUAAUGGACAGGCAAGCCUCGAUAUCAAACCGGCUGGAGAGUCCGAUCACGUCGAACCUGGACAACCUGCAAGCCAAAAAGAACUUCUCGGUCAGCCACCUGUUGGAUCUGGAGGAGGCCGGGGAAAUGGUGGGCAGCCAGGCGGACGAGAGCGUCGGGGAGGCCGGGAGGAGUAUGCUGGAGUCCCCGGGGCUGACCAGCGGGAGCGACACCACCCAGCAGGAGAAUGAACAGAUGAACACGGAGGAGAAGAAGAAGAGGAAGCAGCGCAGGAACCGGACCACCUUCAACAGCAGCCAGCUGCAGGCUCUGGAGAGAGUGUUUGAGAGGACACACUACCCCGACGCCUUCGUCAGGGAGGACCUGGCCCGCCGCGUCAACCUCACCGAGGCCAGAGUCCAGGUUUGGUUCCAGAACCGGAGAGCUAAGUUCCGUAGAAACGAGCGCGCCAUGCUGGCCAGCAAGAACGCCUCUCUGCUCAAGUCUUACUCAGGAGACGUGACGGCGGUGGAGCAGCCCAUCGUACCGCGCCCAGCGCCACGCCCCAACGACUACCUGUCCUGGGGCAGCGCCGCCCCCUACAGCUGGUAUCCCAUGGCGGAGGGGGGGCCGGUGAGAGUGCCACAGAAAAUGCUGCCCUCAGAGAACAACGCCAUGGCAACCUACCCGCCCACCUGCUCCAACACCAACACGUCCCAGGGCAUGAACAUGGCCAACAGCAUCGCCAACCUGAGGCUCAAAGCCAAAGAGUACAGCCUGAACCAGGUGCCCACGGUCAACUGAGAGGAGGGGGAGGGGCCGGGGGAAGGGGGAGGGGCCAGAGGAGGGGGAG